AUGGCUAAAGGAUCUUACGGUAACAAGCUGCGAUACAAGCAUCCAUUGCCUAUAGAAGCUGAACCAGUACCAUCAUUAUGGAAACAGCCAAUACAAACCCUGGUGUGGAUACUUGAUUGGGCGUUGGGUUGGACUAAUACCAGAAUAAUAGAUGUGGAAAUAAACGACAUAGGACAGAUUUUAGUUUCAGAUCAAUGGCAAAUGAAGUAUCUAUGGGAGCAUGGCUUUUUUGGUACGGGCCAGUUAUCUAGAAGUGAGCCUAAUUGGCAUGAACGUACAAAAUCUCGAUUGCAACUUGAAGAUGGGAGUAGUAUCAAUUUGGAGGUCGUUACAGACGUUAGAAGAAGGCAGCGGCUUGAAUUCAAGAAAUUGCGUGCUGAAUUUGAGGCGAAGAAGUUAGAAAUGAGACGUCAAGGAAUCGUCGAUGAAGCCUUCUUAGAACAGGAAAGGCUCUUUUUGAAAGCUCAAAGAGACAAAGAACUUGCCUUUGAGAAAGAGAAUGCCGAUAUUACCAAAAUUCGUGAAGAGGAUGAACUGAUUAUCGACGGAGGUGAAGUCAUACAGCUAGAGAAAUUACAAUUAAUGCCUGUAGAGGCGAUGUUUCUUUCAUAUGCGGUCCCAGUUCUUAAAAUAAAGCUUCCAGAGCUAACUGCAUCGCUAGUUCCGGAAUUAACUAGCUUCAAUGAUAUUAAAAAAUUACUACAUCAGUAUGUUGCAUAUCACCAUUAUAGGUCGAAAGGAUGGUGUGUCAGAUCAGGAAUAAAAUUCGGGUGCGAAUAUUUACUUUAUAGAAGAGGACCACCUUUCCAGCAUGCGGAAUAUGGUAUAAUGGUUUUAGAUGCUGAACAAUCCAAUGACUACACAUGGUACUCUAGUGCUGCAAGAGUAGUAGGAGGAGCGAAAAAACAGUUUGUGUUAUGCUACGUUGAGCUUCUAACAACCGAAGAUGAUGUGUGCCGAUUAUGGAAGGAAGGAAGGUACAACGAGCUCUUCGCAAGUUUCAAGAUCCACGAGUUUCUAUACAAAAGAUGGGUAGCAGGAAAGAACAGAGAUUAA